AUGUCGGACCUAAACAAACUAGUGCUUGACCCAACGAAACGGUACAACCCUCUCAUCAAGCCGACUGACGCCGCUUGGAAGGAGGUCGAGUACACUUUCAGACGCAUGCUCGAUCGGCCGACUCUCACCAUUAAGCAGGUUUUAGAUGAUCACUUUACGCCUCAUGAGAGGAAGAUAUUUCUUCCUGCCGUGGAACCUCGCAGUUUGAGAGAAUGCCAGGAGGACAGCACCAGGCGAUAUCACGCCCUGCUUGCGGGACGUUUCAAGGGCCAUUUCCCCUCUUUGGCCACCAAGUUCGCCAUGUUGUACUUCGGUCUACCCGUCGAGCCUGCUUUGUCUCAAUUUGCCCAGCUCAGCAAGCCCUCCUUCGAGAUUGACGACUGGGAACAACUGCACGAGGCCGAGGUUUCGCCUCCACUUCACUUCCUCACAGCGCACGACCGGAGGAACUUUGGCUAUGAUCAUUUGAGAGGAACGGAGGCGCCGUACAGCACCAUUCCUGUGCCGGCUGCUCAAUUUCGCAGCCAUUCUGGCGUCACUGGGAUCGCCCAGGAUGACUCCGAGUCUCAAGGCCUGAACCUUCGCGGAGGAGGUAACGAUGAUGAUGACGAAGACGACGACGAAGAAAUGCCAGACUUGUAUCAUCACCCUCGAGCCUCCAUUCCGCCAAUCCCAGAAACACCCUACGUCGAGUCUUCGGGUUACCUGGGCAGGCGAACCCCUCCUGCUCAAGUUCUUCCACAAUCCACCCCGUCGAUCUCAUCUACAAAGCACAUCAUUCGAAAUGAUGAACUACCAGACUUGCAGCAUCACCCUCGAACCUCUAUUCCGCCAAUCCCAGAAACCCCCUACGUCGAGUCUUCAGGCUACCAGCCCAGACAAAGGCCUCCUCCAAAAUCCACCCCUACGGUCUCGGCCGGCAAUCCUCGCGUCAAUUUUGCUGCAACUCCAGGCAGACUGGAAGUCCCGACUCCUGCCGGUCUCCCCGGAGGUCGUUAUCAAACGGCAUCAUCGACGAUUCUGCCCGGGCGUGCCCCGGGCAGUUCAGCCUUGACACCAGCGACGACCAGAUUGACUAGUGUUCCCCGCGCUUCAUCGAACAAUCCUACAUUUGGUCCAGGCACGUCGACUUCAGCCAUUGGGACGGGACUUGGUAGCAGCCGGCUUCCCGGUGUUGGCAAUAGCUCUCACCAGGUUCCCCCGACCUCCAAUCCUGUUAGCAUUCCGGCUUCUUUUGCAACUGGAACAGGUCUAAACAACCAGUCGAUUAGAGCCAAUUCCUCUCAGGGGUUACCGGGUUCUUCUAGCAUCGUCGCCGCCACUGGUAGCUCGCAAGGACGUACCCCUCCUACUCAACACUUCAAGCCAUCUUCUAUUGCAGGUACAGGCGGCGGGAACACGCCGAGAACACCAGGGUUUGCGCCUCCUAGUAUGCCCAAUACUAGCAACAACCAGGAAUCAGCUUCUGCAUACACCGGAUACGGCGACCCAACCCCUCGGUCUCCUGCCAAGAACUUGGCCAAGUUGUUUGGUUUUCAAGGCCGUGUCACGUUCGACGCCGCCAACCUCCCCACUCUUGAGCAGGCCAGCAGAAAGCUUCUUUCGCUGAAGCAGCGCGACCAGAGCGACAUGGUGCUUGACCAUAUGAAUCGGAAAGACAAGAGCGUCGUGCGUUCUUUCAAUACCAAGAUACCGCUUCCCUCUACCGGCGACUUGGCGAAUUAUGUCGACGAGCAGUCCAAGACGAAUCAGGAUUGUGUGUGGUUCGUACGCCGCCAGGGGGAAACGACACCAACACACUGGGCACCAACCGACAGCGACUAUACAAACCAUAUAGUCAGAUUGAGCCGCACGAACGACUUUGGCGAUUCGGACUUCGCGUACUACACUGUGCCUCGACGCGGAGUAUUCUUUGGGGCAGAUUCGCAGAGACAUACCCUUCCGUCGACCUUCCCGUGGGGUGCCAACCAGUACAUGCCUUUCCUGACCACCGCCCAGGAGGUCUUGAUCGGACGCCCACAGAUACCUGGUGGAAGCCACUGCGAUAUCGUCCUGUCCGGCGAACAUAACUUUCAAAAGUCGUACCAAAAUCACUGGUAUGGUGGUCUUGAGAUUGACUAUUAUUUCUGGUUGGCGAUGCACCCUCAUGUCGUUGGAAGGACGCCAACGAACAUCACAUCCGAGGCCUUACCCCAGGACUCUGUCGUCUUCUAUCUACCUGGAAGUCGGCUCAACGCCACAACGCGGGAAUUACGCAAGUGCUCCCACAAAGCUGGGGCCAAUGACCCAUACGAAGACGCGCUCAGGACAAUGGAGAACUUGAUGCGAGUGUCCCACAUGCCUGUGAAAGCUUCAAAGUAUCGCAUAUGGCGUGGGACAGACUUUUUCAGUCACACAAUCUAUCCCACCCGGGGCGAGCGCAGACCGGCAGAAUGGCAUCACCUAGACCAGACAGUCAGGCAACAGGACCAGCAGAACCUCUCGAGGUUCAUCACAGACUCAGUGAACGACGAGCGUGAGCCUUGCCGGUUGUUUGUCAUCCAGCCGGUCGACGGUGAUGUCACCUGCAGAAUGGUCAGCCAGGAGUGGAGGAAUGGACAUCAAGAUUUCAACGUAGAUUCCCAUGCGAUGGCGACAUUCAAGUCCAAGAUUCGGAAACUGUACGAAGGCUGUCCCAACAUCGAGUAUGAUCCCGGAAAACAUUCCAUCCUGCUCCAGCCCUUGAUCCCAAGGAAUUUCACCAAUGAUUGGAAUCCGGCACCUUUUAUCCUUCGACCGAAUGACCCCGACAACCAGCUGGCGAUGAUCAGACGUCGCAUCAUUGCAGAAGAGGUGCAAAUUUCAAUCCUACAGGAUGAUAAACUAGAUUUUGUCAAACAGCUUGACAGGUCUGAAUGGGGACCUCGGUAUGGCGACGUCACACGCUUCCGGGACGAACUUGGUCUCCCUCUCAUCAGCCUGGCCAGAGAGGAUUUCCCGCACCCACCUGAUGAACGUCCAGAACAGAGAGUACCCGAGGAGAACGCUCGUGAGAAGACUUGGUCCAAGCAGCCGAGCGUAUUCGACAGAGGCAUAUACAACCCGUCCAUCCCCAUCAAUGCACCGCCAAUUGAAGCGAUCAUGAGGACGGGAGGAAGCGAUAAAAACUUGUACUUGUUCAACAAGAAUGUUCUCACGGCGACUGAGCAGCGAGAUUUGCAAGAACUGGGUUGGAAGUACCGCAACAUGAUCCUUGACCGCCAAAACGGAUGCCCAUUCGAGAAGUGCAAAUACGACUAUCGCCAGGGCAAGAACGUCGAGUUUGCGCAACAUCUCAAGGAGAGUCAUGUUGACAAUAAGUGCCCAUGGUGCGAUGUGCAGCUCUUUACGCACUGGACUUUCCAGCAAAGAGAGGAGCACAUCAAGGAGAAGCACGCAGCUCAGUUGCGCAAGAUUCUGAACAUGCCUGACCCUCGCCCAGCGACUGAAAAACCGACAGUGCCUCAGUCUACGUCUGAAGAUCUCCGUGUCAUACCAUCCACCAUCCUUGGCCGACUUCAGCCUCCAAAAGGACCUCUACCGAAACUGAGCCCACCCCCGAAGGCUAAUGGCAAGGAAAGCGAAUAUCGGUACUGCGACAGAUGUGGCCGGGACCACCACGUGCUCAACGACAGGGAUGAGCGUGACCACCACGAUCGCACUUGUGUACCUCACGCCGAAGCAGUCGGUCGUUGUACUUUCUGCGAAACGUGCGGCGACGCCGUCUGGAACAGCAAAGAGGUCAGGGAUGAGUUCGCCCCGUAUGACGAAUAUCCGCACCGCUGCAGAGGAAUGUCCCAUUCUAAGAAGCCUUUCUGCAACAAGUGCGGGUUCUCCCUGAGAAAGCUCUCAGACGAAAAGAUCGACCGGCAUCGUCAGCAUUGCGGCGGUUUCUUUGCCCAUUUGGGUUGCUUUUGCCCUUAUUGCCAAAAGAAUUUCGUCGUGGACGGGAAGCAGGAAGAGAUCGAGACCAUUAAGAAGCACAUCGUAGACUGUCCCGAUAAGAAGCCGCCUAAUAUUACACCGUUUGAGAUCUAUCCGGAAGGCUACUGGAAGGAUAGGGAUCAGCCCACGGAUCCGCUCUACAUCGGUUCGAAUGCUGCUCGGGAUCUUGUUCGCCGACAGCCACGGCGCCCUGCUCCCGACCGCUUUCUGAGCUACCCGUUGGCGUGGCACGACAAGCCUGGCCCGAGUCCCGUGCAAGAUCCUCCGGCGGAGUGCACCGUUCGUGGGUGCCUCGAACCUCUUUUUGGUCUCACGCCGUCUGAGGUUCUGGUUCACUACGAGACGAAGCACGGCGGCAUGCCCCUGAAGCAAUGCCCUCUCUGCCGCCUUGAUUUCCGGGUCCCAGAGGAAGAGCGUAAAGCGAACGAGAACCUUCCAGAGAUUCAAGCACGAAUCUUCCAGGUCAAGCAUAUGGAAUGCCACGUCUAUGAGCUUUGGAAAAUCUUGGAGGACAAGGACAUCCCUCAUAUACCGCAGCGUGAGCCGUUCGGCCCCGGUCACAGCAUGUGGGAUCCCGACAACGAGAGGGCCGUGGAUCGACGCGACAAGAGGUGCCCGUAUUUUGAGAAGUGCGGAGCUAUGGUGGGAUUCAUGAACCAGCGACAACUUAACCAUCACAUGGAGACGACACAUGGUGCUGAAGACUUCGUUAUCGGUAGGCAGCCGAACAGGGAAGCCGAACUGGCAAGAUUGAGGGAAGAGCGCAAGAAGCAGAGAAUACGAGAGGGCAAGCAGCCUAUCCCAGGCACAAACACGGUUGCUCAAUCAGGACCAUCAGAGACUGCAUCUACAGGCACUGGACUCUUUGAACAACCUGACAACUCUCGCCCUGGAGGCCGCCGGGAUGUAAACCGUCCUCAGGAGUCUCAGCCUGUGACGGAUCCCAUGCAAGGCGUUGAGAUUGGAGAGUCACAAAUUCCGCCUUCUGGCCAGCGCACACCGCCAAUAACCCCAUAUGGUCCCAGAGAGGGCCAAGGAGCCAACACGGGCGGCCAUUUGGGAGACAUCAGUGGAGGCGGAGGUGGCAAUAACGGAGGUGGCAGCAGCAGCAACCCUCCCAAGGUUGUGGACCCUUCGACGACAAAGCCUGUGACCACGAAGCCUACUCCCUCGAAGCCUACUCCCUCGAGGCCUACUCCCUCGAAGCCAUCGACCAACAAGCCACCAACGACGAAGCCGACACCCAGUAAGCCUACAUCGGAGCCGACAGUUAAGCCCUCAGCCAAGCCCCGGCCUCCGACCAAACCUAAGCCUUUCGGACCCGUCCCUGUUCCCGUCCCCACAAGCGGCUUUGUCCCUGAUGAUGACAUGUACUGCUCACGAUGCUUCCGCAAGGCCCCUAAGCGAGGCCCAAGAGGCAUCAAGCGCGGUGACCCGGACAGACAAGCCCAAGUCGAUGCCCACUCGGACCCGAACCGAAGUUGUCGCAUUCCUGCAAAGGAGGGCGAGUUUGAGGUUGAUGAAGAAGAUUGGCCAGUCUUGCCGAGCAGAGUCGGUUGGAUCAAACAGCCGAAGCAUGUCCGGCUCUCCAAACUCAAGGCCGACUUCUUGGAUGAACACCCUGAGCUGGCGAAGACCAUGUGCCCUACAGAUGGAAGCAAACGCACCAACCUGACCUGGCAGCACGACCCCAAUCACAAUGAUAACAAGGACAACUGGCGUCUUCCCUUCCCUGGUGAUGACGACGAUGGCGAGGUUGAUGAGGAUGAGGAUGAAAACGGGGUUAAUGAGGAUGCAGACGGCGACUUCAUAAAUGAUGAAGGGAAUGAUGACGAGGACGAGGAGUACUAUGAAGAGGUUGAAGAUGCAGACGGCAACAAGACGAAACGGCGCAAGACACGCAGGGUUCGUUCGAUGGGGCUUCCUCGCGACGAAACGUGGAAGGACACAGGUGAGGAGGAUGACCUGAGCGUGGCAGACUCUAGCGAGUUGGUGCCGGAAACUGCGUCUGGGGAUGAGGCACCAAGCAACACUGGCGAUAAGCGCAAGCGCGACGAGACGGAUGCUCAGGGGCGUGCCGGGUCACCCAAGAAGACAAGGGUGGCUGAGGAUGAAGACGAGUUGGGGGAUGCUUGA